CGUGAUAAUAUAUACGGUGAUCGGCAUUUGAUCAGUGAAGUGCCGGCGCUUCAGCUGCUCAGUAAAAUGGAGGAAAAUAUUGGCUUGACAUUCAAACACAUUCGAGUUCUUGCCAAAGCAUUCACGCGAAGAAAUACGCAGUCAGUGAUUUGUGAUGAUAUCGAUAUGACGAAGUAUUUAGUAACACCAAAAGUCAUGCAGAGAAGUGGAUUGCCACAGAUGCGAGUAAAAGAUAAAGCGGAUCUCGUCGAAGGUACUUCGCUGAUGCUUACUUUUUCAUAA